CAUGUCUCCCCUAGCAAUGGCAAUGACAAACGAUGAUGCAACAGAAACUGAGUUCCAGAAAGGAGUGAAGCAUCUUUCUGAAAAUGGAGUUAGCAAACUUCCUAACAAGUAUAUAUUGCCAACAUCUGAUCGACCCAAUGUAGAUCAUAAAGAGCAGCUAAAUAUGGCUAACUCUAAUGUUAAACUGCCCAUAAUCGACUUUGGUGAAUUACAAGGCCCAAACCGGUCCCAAGUCCUCAAAUCCCUCUCCUCUGCUUGCGAAGAAUAUGGGUUUUUUCAGGUGGUAAAUCAUGGCAUUCCCAUUGAAGUUCUAAGAAGCAUGAUUGACGUGAGCACCAGGUUCUUUGGGCUCCCAUACGAGGAAAGAGCAAAAUACAUGUCCUCUGACAUGGCCUCACCUGUUCGAUACGGAACUAGCUUAAACCAGAUCAAAGAUUCUGUGUUCUGUUGGAGAGACUUCUUAAAGCUUGUCUGCCAUCCAUUAUCAGAUGUUCUCCCUCAUUGGCCUUCCUCUCCCAUGGACUUCAGGGAAUUGGCGGCUACCUACGCAAAGGAAACAAAUUACUUGUUUCUUAGAAUCACGGAGGCCAUCCUGGAGAGCCUUGGCUUGUGGUGUGUGACCCAGGACGACAAGGCACCAGAAGAUGAUGAAAUACUAAAGCAAUUCCAUGAUGGAAGCCAGCUAAUGGUGAUUAACUGUUUCCCUCCCUGCCCUGAACCUGACCUUACCUUAGGGAUGCCACCUCACUCGGAUUACGGAUUCCUAACCCUUCUUCUCCAGGAUGAAGUUGAAGGUUUGCAAAUUCAACACAAAGGAAAAUGGAUAACUGUUGAACCAAUGGCCAAUUCAUUUGUUGUUAACGUUGGUGAUCACCUUGAGAUAUUUAGCAACGGACGAUACAAAAGUGUGCUGCACAGAGUUUUUGUGAAUCCAACUAAGCUUCGGCUAUCAGUGGCCUCAUUGCACAGUCUGCCUUUCAAUUGCAUGGUUGGACCGUCGCCGAAACUGAUUGACGAAGCAAAUCCAAGGCGCUAUAAGGAUACAGAUUUUGCCACUUUUCUUGAAUACAUCUCAUCUUGUGAGCCCCAGAAGAAGAAUUUCUUAGAGUCCAGGAAAUUGACCUGAUAAAAGAAUUGGAAUUGGAAAUCUUUGUGUUGACUUUUGUAGAACAUC